CGACGCAGCAAGAGUUCAUUGUGGGCGGGACAACGCUGGGGGCGAUUGUGGGCGGGCUGUUCUCGGGGUACUUUGCGGACCGGUGGGGGCGGCGCGUGGUGACGUUUCUGUCCUCGCUGGUGUUUAUAGCGGGAGCCUUGAUCAUGACGUUCUCCAACCACUACUCGAUCCUGAUUCUGGGCCGCGUGGUGGUUGGCUUGGCGGUGGGCGCGGCAUCGAUGGUGGUGCCCAUGUAUAUAGGCGAGCUGGCGCCGAAGGAGUUCCGGGGACGGCUGGUGACACUGAAUGUGCUGGCGAUUACCGGCGGGCAGCUGAUCGCAUACCUAUUGGCGUGGGCACUGACCGACGUGCAUAACGGGUGGCGGUGGAUGUUUGCGAUUUCAGCGUUUCCGGCGCUGGUGCAGCUGUGCUGCCUGCCGUGGCUGCCCGAGUCGCCGCGGGUGCUGAUCCGGCGCGGGCAGGAGGACCGGGCGGUGCAGAUUCUGCACAAGGUGUACGGGCAGAAUGUGCCCGAGAGCGUGAUUGAGGAUGAGCUUGAGAGCGUCCACCAGUCGAUGCGGUCGGAGAACUCGAGCCGGUACCGGGACCUUUUGCGCCCGAUCAACUUCCAGCCGCUGAUCGUCGCCUGCAUGCUGCAGCUGAUGCAGCAGUUCUCGGGCUUCAACACAGUCAUGUAUUAUUCGGCGACGAUUCUGAAGAUGGCCGGGUUCCCGAGCACCAAGAGCGCGACGCAGUUCUCGAUUGCCAUUGCCGCGACCAACAUGAUCAUGACCAUCGUGGCCAUUAUUAUUAUUGACAGGUUUGGCCGCCGCAAGCUGCUGCUAGUGUCCUUUGUGGGCAUGAUUGUCGGCCUGAUUCUGCUGGGCAUUGCCUUCAUUUUCAUUGUCGGAUUGGUCAAGAUCACCAAGGACUCGUGCGCAGAGUAUGUGAAAUGCGGGGCAUGCACUCUCGAUGACCGCUGCGGAUGGUCGUCCGGAAGCAACGUCUGUGCAUUCAAAACCGACAGGGCGUUUUCGGAUCUCACGGGCAACUGUGAGUCCAAGACCACCAGGGAUCGGGCCGGGACGUGGCUGGCGCUGGCAUCGCUGAUUUUCUACGUGGCAUUGUAUGCAGUUGGCCUGGGCAAUGUGCCCUGGCUGGUGCAGUCGGAGAUUUUCGCACAGGGCAUCCGCAGCAAGGCCGGCGGAUUUGCCACCGCCACCAACUGGGUGUGCAAUUUCAUUAUCUCGAUCACAUACCUGACCAUGACUCUGCAUAUUACUGCCUCGGGCACGUUCUGGCUGUAUGCGGGCAUUCUGCUGAUCGGCUUUGCGUUUGUGUUCCUGAUGGUGCCUGAGACCAAAGGGCUGAAGCUCGAGGAUGUGCAGAGGCUGUUUACCGGCAACCACAAGCCGUAUAAGCGCGCGGUGGCGACGCCCAAGCCGGCAGCAGAUGAUAGUGAAGUGGCUGGCGAAAAUGCGCAAGGCGAGCGCGGCGAUGUCAUGGCAGCGUACCGCGGUGGCGACCAUAGGAAUGCCGAUUCUGAUAGCUCCGAUGACCAGGGCACCUCUGCAGGUGCCUUUGGGGCGUCGGUCAGCAGCGGGUACCAGCCCAAGCAGUUCAAGACCAGUGUCACGACAAAGGCUGAUGCCUGGAUCCAGCAGACGGUACUGAAAACCGACAGAAACAUCCUAGCUGUUUGCGCUGGGCUUUUAUUAACAACAUUGCUCAAUUAAUAUAAAUCUUCACGGGUCGGGCAUCCUU